AUGAGUUCCCAAGGGUUGGUCUCCCACUUUCUGAAAAGCAGGAGACUUCAGUAUACUGGGACUCAUGAAGGAUUAGUGGAACAAGCCGCCAGCCCUGCCACUAGGGUUUACUUGUCAGCCCAGGAGAUUAAAUUCCUCAGGGUUAUCCCAGCCAGCAGAAGGAGUCUGGGUGAUGGGCAUCCUAGCCUGGAAGAGCUCCCUCACCUUUCUCUUGGCAAGAAGAAACCAGAGCAUCUUCCACAGCUUGCAAGCUCUGUUAACCAGGGCCAUUUCUCUGACCCUGAAGUUUGUCUGUACCUGGUUUCCAAAAGGGUCCUGCGGGGGCACUCUGCCAAAGGCCAGGAGCACAGGUGGACAUUUGCUGGGGACAAGGGUUUGCUGAAGAACAGUUCUGAAGCAGCCACUACGUGGGAGGCCCAGGUGAAAAGGAGACCAGUGGCAUUGCUUAACAAGGUCAGAAAGCGAACAGAAAAAGCCCCACACCCUGUAGACACCAGGCAGUUCUUGGAGCACGAGGUGGCCGUGAACACCAAACACCCAAGCAAGAAACCACAACAGAGGAGCCUGGAGGAUCUGAGGUGGGGUCAUCUGGAGGAAGAAGGGGAUGCGGGAGAACCCAGACAGCCACACCGACUUCACACAUCCCGCAGACACGUAGCACCUCUUGAAGAAAACACCUUUUUGCAGGGCAAGAAGAUCAAGCCCCAUUCCAAACAUCCAGUGCAGUUGGUGUGUCCCACAUCAGUUAGAGAGGAGGCGCCCGGAGAAGAGCUGAAACGAGCGUCCUCAGGCCAAGCCAAGCUGGAAGUUAUGAAAGUCUCCAAAGAAAGGGAAGCACAACCUCAGUUCCUGUGGGAAAAUUCUUUCCUGAAGGGACAAGCAAGGGUUUUGGACCAGGAUCUGCUGGCAGAAGCCAAACCCCAGCUCCUACACAGGAGGAAGAUGCAGGCCUUGGAAGUGUUGGCCAAGUCUCAUGAUAAAGAAUUCUGUGUGGUCAACACCAUCCAGCUGUCUUUUCAGGACAGCAAACUGGGUGCUACAGGAAGAAACAUAGGGAGGCAUAAGUGGCAGCCCUGGGGGGAAGGUUGGGACUUCACCGUCCAGGGGACCCCAGUCGUUCUUGCAGUUCGGGCACAUACUUACAUCCCUCAGGGAUCAAAAGACCAGUGUGUUCCAAAGACUAGGCUGAGCUUGUCAGUAGGUAAAUCGAGUAUUAUCUAUUCAUAA